AUGGCAGCAGUGGAGAAGAGCUACGUUCCCAGAUGCCGGCCUGCUGUCGAGAAAGGCAGUGGUCCUAACCAGGUUCUGAGCAGGUGGAAAGAUCUGGAAAAGAUUGGACUCCCCAGAUAUUCAUUCCACGAGAGACUGAGGGACAUUUACAGCAUGGAGCCUGACAGUGUCUGCGUGAAUGACGGGAUAUGCAUGGAGUAUGGGCAUUUCUGUCACACGAUUCAGAGAGACCCAAUUCUGAACAAUCUCCAGCAGUCCACUGGAGUUACAACUGGAGACUCGAAGAUCGUUGCAAAUGACUCUUUCGAGCCGCUGACACUGCGUGUGGAGUUGGAAUCUGUGCACACAAGGGGUGUUUCUGUGACUGUCACACAGGAGAGUGACGUGUCAUUCAACAAAGAGAUCCCUCUCCAUUUAGUACACCCUGGAACCAGACACUUUGUGUCUUCACAGCCUCUCUCCAUUCAAAACACCGCCGGCUACACUUGCUCCAACUCUGAGAAAGUUCUAGUGACCGAGAGUGUUGAUGUCACACUGCAGCCUGGGCAGAAAGCCAUGGCUGUUCUAGAUGUAACCUGGACGGAAGUCAAAGGACAGUUUGAGAUUCCAUUUGCCAUCGACGGAUGGUGCAUGAGCACCUUUCCGCGACUGGUGAACGGACAGCGAGUGUGGCUCCAUGAAAUCUCUGGUCUGUUUGAAAUCCCUCCGUCCAUGCUUCAGGGAAAUUUCAUUUGUGUUUACGAUGUAAGGGGUUCUAUUGACAUACAGCUGAUGUGA